CUGAGAUUAUGACUCUCUUUCCGAACUAUACCUGCAAUGCACCUCUGAGCCAAACUCCUUUGUGUGAGCCAUUCUUGCUGUUAAAGAUGGGCUCGUCCUAUCGAAUCUACCUCAGCCUCUCCAUCCCACUAAAGCUGCAUUCGAAUGUCCCACGUGCAAUCUUCACGGGUGGUGAAACCGUCGUCUCCCACCCCCCGGCAUCGCCAAAACACAAGUUGCGACCCCUGUCGGCGCUUGAAGCGGCGAUGCGUUUUGCCGCCACAUACCAAUGAUGGCGACGGACGUGUCGGUACAAGUUGCAAUCGUUUAGGUCAUCGAUGCACCUUUGACUUCGUCAAAUCUGUUUCCGCGCGGCUGAGGAAAAGCAAAGACCAUCCAGUCGGCGUUCUCCAGCCAACCCAACCACACAAACAACAGCACCACCAUCACCAACCCCCUUCUCCCUGUAACAACAUUAGGAGCCAUCACAUCCACCAUGGGGACGUGGUUACUGAGUGUCGGAGCGAGUCUGGGUUUGGUACUUGAUAUCUUGGCAUGUUGAUGGGCGUUAGGAUCAAUAUCUGUAUAUAGAGUAGCUGCUGUUUAUAGAAGCGUCGGAGACCAUACCGGUAGUAGUCAUUGUCUUGCACUCCGAGAUAGAAGCGUUCGUGGCUCGUUCGUUCGCGGUUUACUAGAUGGCGGCUGGAUCUGUACAGUAUCUAUAUAUAGUCCCCUGAAUAAGAGCUAUA